CUUCCCGAGGUAAACUCGUCCAGUGCAUCAGGCUGCGCACUAUGGUACUCAGGGAUAACCUGACUUUAUUGCCACCAACCACCCAUCCAGCCGACAGUCAACUAUGUGUCUAGAAUGAUACUUUAGUGGCUACUAGGUCGCUGCUAUUUCAGAUAGUGUCGUAAAAGUGUGAAGUGUUGCAUUCUUAAACACUGACGAGGGAAAGUGUUCGAGGUCAUGGGGAACUCGGAGAGCGUGUGGUGGAUUGUAGUGGAGGUCGCCUGCAGGAUCCUUGGUGUUUCAACUGCAACAGUGUUGUGUGCUGUGGGAGUGGAGACUCUACAACAAGGAGAAUUCCAUAGCCUCGGCAUAUACCUACUAGUGUCAUCGGUGGCCAUCAUGGUUUUUGAGAUGGCCUAUUUCCUGGACACGCUCCUGUUCAUGUGCCUGCCCUGUCCUCCAGACUGGCAGCUGUUUGUGUUGUGGGGGAAGAUGGCGCGCAUAGGAGGCUUCCAUAAGUUCCUCUAUUACUCCAUCAUGUCUGUGGUCUGCUUCUUGCACCCUGUGUUGGUGUGGCAUGCAAUCAUUCCAGGGACCAUGCUUCUGGUGACAGCUUUUUUCAACUUCAUACUCAGCAAGAAAACAAAAACCAAGUCCUACAAAAGGCCACAGGACCAGGGCCUGACCUCUGUCUGCGCCACUGACAGAGCAGGCUCGGACAGCACCGUCUCUUUCUUCCACGCGGUGACAGGAAGGAGAGGUGGGGAGCUGGCCAUCGCAAGCAGGGACCACCGCCUCGGCGUGGGGGAGAGAGGAGAGAGCGUGCACGCCAUGCUGGAGCUGGAGCAGACGGCAGCGACCGGAGACCCAGACAGGGAGAGGAGGAGGAGGAAGGAGAGGAGGCUGAUAAGCUUCAGGGGCAGGGAGGAGCCUGUGGAGAGGGAGAUGGAGGAGAUGGACGGCGGCUGUGAGCCAGAGCCAGACACCACCUCAGACACUGCACCUAUGAUUACUGACUGAACGUCCCUCUGUGCUCACAAUAAGCUCCUUACUGAUAUCACAUGAUAGGAAGCCUGUGCAUUGGGGCCAUUCUGACUGGUGCUACACUAUGGCUGACUUUUAUGUAGCUGAAAGUAUCAUAAUAAAUAGUUUGAUCAGCCAAAAUAAGACAUUUGAGCAUUUAAAUGUAUCAAAAUAUGAAGAUAAGAUUAGAGGUUUUUGUCAAAAAUUC